UUUUUUUACGUUAUGAUGAUUCUAAACACACCCCCUUUUUUUUUUUAAUGGAAUCGUGUCUUCUUCGAACAGUGUUUGUUGUUUUAUGUAAUUUUCAAUACAUGUGACCCAUGGUGAUAUGCCCAAACUUCACCCCUGUAUCCUCCCUCAGAAUCCAGGCAUGGAGAAACUAGACCUCUUUUUCAUCCCUUCACCACUCAUGGGUCAUGUUGGUCAGCUCGUCGAGCUAGCCAGACUCUUUGUUAAAACCUUUGAUCACAUCACUGCCACGGUACUCGUGAUCAAGCUCCCCGGUGACCCAAUAGGCACCGACUACACCGACUCCUUCACAGACCACACUCGGAUCAAAUUCAUCCAUUUCCCCCCUAUGGAUCCCGAUUUGUUUCAAGACUGCCCAACCGUUGGCUUCACGGCUGAUGCAGUCAUCAACUCCCACAAGCCCAUCAUACGAGGGCUUGUGGCUAGUCAGUUCACUGGGUCUGGCCCGUUUGGGCCAAGACCAGUGCGUCCGCUAGGUGCGUUGGUAGUUGACAUGUUUUGUACAUCGAUGAUUGAUGUUGCCAAGGAGUUUAAUCUCCCUACCUAUGUGUUCUUCCCCUCCAACGCGGCUUUUCUCUGGAUCAUGUUUUAUUUCCAGACCCUCCAAGAUGAACUGAGUCAAGACAUAUCCGAACUGAGUCACUCAGCUACCAAGUUACUGGUUCCGAGCUAUGCGAAUCCGGUUCCACCAAGUGUUGUGCCCGAUGUGUUAUUGGAUAGGGAUCAAUGGUCCAAAAGGUUCCUUCACUACGCCCGAAAGUACCGAGAAGCAAAAGGUAUAAUUGUGAACACGUUUCAAGAGCUCGAGCAUCAUGCGUUGUGUUCGUAUGAUGGUAACACGCCUCCGGUGUAUACAGUCGGUCCGCUGUUAAAACCCAAAAAACCGACACCGGAUCAUGAAGUGUUGCAGUGGCUGAAAGGUCAACCGGAGUCGUCGGUCCUGUUGUUAUGCUUCGGGUCCCGGGGAUGGUUCGGUGUGGACCAGGUGAGAGAAAUCGCAGUCGCGAUAGAACAGAGUGGAUGCCGGUUCAUAUGGUCCCUACGCCGCCCGCCUCCCGAGGGGCAUAAUGGGUUCCCCAAGGAAUACGCGGAUUACAAUGAAGUCCUGCCAGAUGGAUUCCUAGAGCGUACGGCUGGAAGGGGGAAAGUGGUUGGGUGGGUCCCACAGGCGGAAGUGCUGGCUGAUGUGGCGACCGGGGGUUUUGUGUCGCACUGUGGGUGGAACUCGUUACUCGAGAGUAUUUGGUACGGGGUUCCUGUUGCGACAUGGCCGAUAUAUGCUGAGCAACAACUGGAUGCGUUUCAAAUGGUUAAGGACUUGGGUUUGGCUGUGGAGAUUUCUUUGGAUUAUAACCAAAUGAACAAAGAUCAACAAUUGGUGUUGGCAGAAACGAUUGAGAAGGGGAUACGAGAAGUGAUGGAUCACAAUAGUGCGGUUCGAGCCAAGGUGAAGGAGAUGAGCGCUAAGAGCCGAAUGGCGAUGGAAGAAGGUGGUUCAUCAUUCGAGAGCUUGAGGAGGCUUGUUGAUGAUAUUAUUAUGUAAGUGUCAUCAAACAUGAAGUAAAGGGUUAGCUGCAAUAGAUGUAGCAAAUAAUUGGGAUUAUCUUCAUAUGUAGAGACUGUGUUUUAAUAAAAAUUAUAUUGUCUUUACUCGUA